AUGAGCGAAAAUGUUGAAAACUCGGACGCAAGCAACAGCGCUGCGAAUGGAAAAUAUGUGCCUCCAUGGAAACGAACUGAUAUUCAAAAGGGUGAUGAGGGACAACGUGAACGUCGUGAAAGUGGAGACAACAGCGGUCGCCGCCACGGAGGGCACCAAGGAAGAGGAAUGCACAAGGGCUCGCAUUUCCAUCAACAUGGCAAUCGUGGUGAUGAGGGAACUUACUCGGCUCGCAGUGGUGGACACGGAUCUGGAACCGAUGAGCAUCGACGUGAUGGUGGAUUUGGUGGAGGUCGUCCACGUGGCGGAGGCUAUGGAGGUGGCCGCGGACGUGGAGACUACUCCAACAGCGCUGACGGCGGCACCUAUCGCAAUCAUCAUCAUGAUGAACAAAAUUGGGGACGACAAAAUAGUGGUGGCUAUCAACACGUAGAACAUGAAAAUCGUGGUGGACAAGUCAGAACUCCACUAAACAACCGUUGGAAAAACACUGACGAUGAACCUCAAGCUGACGUAUGGAGCCAGCAGCUUCCAAGAGAUGAAAGCUCGGAACAGGAGCUCUUCUCAGGAAUGAACUCGGGGAUUAAUUUCAACAGUUAUGAUGAAAUUCCCGUCGAAGCAACUGGUGAAAAUGUGCCACAACCUGCGACUUUGUUCUCUGAGUUGAAGUUGCACCAAUGGGUGAAUGAAAACAUCAAAUUGUCGGGUUAUGAGCGUCCGACACCCGUGCAGAAGUACAGCAUUCCGGCAUUGAUGGAUAAUCGAGACCUGAUGUCUUGCGCGCAAACUGGAUCCGGAAAAACUGCCGCCUUUCUAGUUCCAUUGAUCAAUCACAUUCUUCAGAACGGACCUAAAGCAGUUUAUCGCGAAGCUCCUGGACGCAAUGGUCGGAAGAAACAAUUUCCCUGUGCUCUGGUCCUUUCGCCAACUCGUGAAUUGUCACUUCAAAUCUAUAAUGAGUGCAGAAAGUUUGGCUAUCGUACACCCAUAACUUCGGCAAUUCUCUACGGUGGUCGCGAAAAUUAUCAACAACAAAUCAGCAAACUUCGGCUUGGUUGCCACAUUCUUAUUGCCACUCCUGGGCGUCUUAUUGAUGUGAUGGAACAAGGAUAUAUUGGACUUACUGGUUGUCGCUAUUUGGUGAUCGAUGAAGCUGAUCGUAUGCUAGACAUGGGUUUUGAGCCUCAAAUUCGACAAAUUGUCGAACUCUCAAGCAUGCCAGAGAAGAAGUAUCGAGUGACUGCUAUGUUUUCUGCUACGUUCCCGAAGGAAAUUCAGAUUCUGGCUCAAGAUUUUUUGGUGCCCAAUUACGUAUUCUUGGCUGUCGGACGCGUGGGCUCAACGUCAGCGAACAUCAUACAGAAGGUCGUUUGGGUCGAGGAUAAGGAGAAACUCAGCUGUUUGAUGGACCUACUUGAUGCUGGAGGCGACGAGGCAUUGACGGUAGUGUUCGUGGAAACAAAGCGUGGUGCUUCGGAUCUCCAAAAUUAUCUGGACCGUAAGAACUAUGGUGCGGUGGCUAUUCAUGGAGAUUUGAAGCAAUUUGACCGAGAACAGAAUUUGGAGCGCUUCAGAUCAGGGAAAGUAAAUGUAAUGGUUGCAACGGCUGUAGCCGCCCGUGGUCUUGACAUCCCAAGUGUGAAACACUGCAUUUUGGGUAUUGGACGUACUGGACGUGCUGGCAAUAUUGGAUUGGCGACCACUUUCUUCAACGACAAGAACACGCGGCUCGCUAACGAGCUUAUCAAGCUGAUGAUUGAAGCUAAUCAAGAGAUUCCAGAGUUCCUUUCGACGGUUUCGAACGAUGCUAGUCGCUAUGGACAAGCAAAUUCGCGUGGACGUGGAAGCCAAGGUGGAUCACGCAAUAUGCCUCAUCGCGAUUAUCGGAUUCAAAAUUCUGGAAGCCACUAUGAGCCUUCACCAGCCGAGUCUUCAAGGAACGGCUUCCGCCCAAAACCCACCCAGAACAAAGAUUGGUGGGAU